AUGACCUUCUCCUGGGAAUCACAGCCCAUGCUCCUCCACAUCUGCUUAUUCCUGUGCACCACUGGAGUGGUGUCCCGACAGUUCCAGCUGCAGCCUCUGAACCCAGCAGUGCUGCAGGGCUCGGAUGUGCAGUUCCGCGCCACCGUGGAGGGAAACUGGCAGAUCAUGACCUGGGACGUCGGAGGGUUGUUGGUCCUCACUGUCCCUGUAGACAGCAACGUGACCUCAUCCUCACGACAGUUCUCUGCCGGAUUCUGCUCUGUAGGUAACUCCAGCUGUGUGGAGUUCACCAUCCACAACGUCAGCCGCAGGGACGCUGGGCCGGUCAUCUGCGCCGUGCAGGGGGACUAUGGAGACAAGACUGCACAGCUUAACGUUCAAGAGAGUGGCACAGUCAACAUCCUGGGAGGGAACGUGACCGUGGACCAGGACCAGCAGGUGGAGUUCCAGUGUGUUACUACAGCUUGGUUCCCCAUACCCACAGUAAGCUGGACCCAAGACAGUCACGCUAUAAACAGCACCCUGUACAACACCAGCAGCAUGGCGGAUGGGGACUACUUUAACUCCACCAGCGUCCUCAAGUUCCAGGCAGUCAAAAACACCAUGGUGGAGUGUUGGGCAACUGUGGCAGCACUAACAAACCCACAGUCCAGCUCCGUCUCCUUGGUGGUUGUUCCCAAACCUACUGACUGGACUGUGCUGAUAGCUGUGGUCGUGUCUUUUGGAGGUGCCGCUUUGCUGGUUUUACUCAUCCUCGGAAUCAUCUUCUGCUACAAAUGCAGAAAAGAAAAACAAUCCAACUACCAAGAUGAAAUAAGCAGGAGGGUGUGGACACAGAGCCAGAUCAGUACUGUCAGUGCAGCUGGUCAAGCGAAUGCAGGAUUUGAGCCAGACGGUCAAACAAGUGUCGCUCCCAGUGAACUCACUGACAGUGGCUUUUACCAGGCAAAUGGCCCCAUUGCUCACGAGAUGCCUGACAUCAUCAACAGUGACCAGACAGGAAAUGGCUACAACAGUGCCCAGCACACUUUGGACGGAACAGGCUUUAGGAAACACAGACAUGUCACCAUUGUGUAAGGACAGACAGAAAACCACAAAGAACUUGAACAGCAGCCUGAAGCCAAACUGGGCUGUAAAGGUUGAAAAAAGGUGGACGAAGGCCCAGAGCAAAG